AUCUUAAGCUUCAAGUCGGUUGACUGUGCCUCUUUCUCUCCAAUCACGUCUGCAUGUAUCGUGGCAAUUAGUACCAGCAUUCAUCUCGUCUAAUGGCGUCUCUUCUUAAAAAAUCAUCUCUGCAACAACAAUCAAUUAACCUAGAAAAUCCAACUAAUGAUAAUAGUCCUAUAAGAAUAGCCCUCCUAGGUGGACCUAGAUCAGGUAAAACAUCGAUCAUCUCGAAACUAAGUCUAGGAAGUUUCCGGGAUACUUAUUAUCCAACACACCAAACCCAACCGAUUCUAUUUACGUUUUCUCCAGUUUCAAUUUUAUCAAGAUGUAUAUUGGAUGAGUUUGAUAUGUCCAGCACAUUACAGUUAAUCGGACAGAACAACCACUUGGUGCUCAGUCCGGUAAUAUACCAAGCGUAUUCCAAACUUGCUCCUUCAAACAAUUCUUCAAUUACAAAUCAAAACCGUCCGUCAACGAUAAUCUCCAACCACGAGAAUAAAAUCAUCACUUCCACCAACCAGUUUUAUACAAGUUAUAACCAUAAGAAUGAAUUAGAUGCCCAUGCGUACAUCCCACCCCAAAUCACCCCAAUCCUUGUUGAGCUCAUCGAUACCGCUGCAUUUAACCCUGACCAAGUGGUGCCUUUUCUUGAAGCUUCUUUGUACAUCAAACUCGAUCGAGAAAUUUUGAAAAAUUUGGCUAAUGAACCAAGAAGACCAGUCAGUACUAAUCCGUUGUUGGUUGCUAGUGGUGCCAGUGAAUUGAAUGGCUCAGUCGAUGGGUAUUUCUUUGUAUAUAGUGCAGUUCCUUCCUACAAUCCUCCUUCCUAUAAUGAAGUAUUAGAAUCUACCGGUAAAAACUACGAUAUGACUCCAGAAUCUUCUUUGAAUGACGACGACGGGGAUCUCCAGCCGGUCACUUCAACCACUUCCUACCAAUCCCUAGAUGGCUCAAACAAAACUUUAACCAUUACAAAUACUGCCGGCGAUACUACCUUCAAUCUUCUCUCCAUCAUGAAAAUCGCCCUUAGUGAAGCCUGGAAAGAAUACUACACUUACAAAACAAGAUGGGAAGAAGGCAAAGAAAGCGACGUUUUCUCUUUCAAAUCUGCUUUGAAGAAUUUGUGGCGUGAAAAUAACUUGAUUGAAACUUCAAAAAAUGAAAUGAAAGCUGAUCUGACUAAAUUGAAAUUACUCGAUAAUUCAAUGGACCCAGCAGACCCAAGCUGUCCUCCUCCUAUUUGGGUCAUCUGCACUCAUAAAAAUAAUAAACUAGCUUCUCCUAAGUUGAUAAAUGAUGGUAUUAAACUAAGUAAAUUUUGGAAAUGUGGGUUUAUAGCUAUCGAUGUUACCGAUGAAAACAUCGACGAAUCCCUUGCUUUGAUUAUUCGAGAAAUCUUGGAGCGCAAGAAACUCCAGGCCCAGUUCAAGAAGAAGAAGAAGACUUAAUUGUAUUUAUAGUUGUAAAU